GAGAAGCACAGCCCAGGGCUCUGGGUCCUGGACCCUGCGGAAGUUUUCUCCUCUUCCUUUUUGGGAGACCCAUGUCCCAGUGCCGACCCUACCCGUUCUCUUCCUAUAUCCCCACUGCAGGCUUUGCGGACCAGGGCUGAGCAGAGGCUGUAUUCACCACGACGACCUCCCUUCCGGGGUAACACUGGGGCUCCCAGUGGACAGAGGACAGGCUGCCGACCCUCCUUAAUCGCUGACAGAGGCAGUUUCUGCUGCCCGGGGUGCCCUGGCACCGUGACCACCGUGGAGACAUCGGUCUUAUGAUAUUGCUUUUGCUCGUAAUUAUCAAAACCAGAGACGAGGCGGCUGCAGUUACUCCUCCUGGUCCUGGGCGCUGUCCUAGUGGCCUUGCUGCUGACUGGCGGCCUGCUGUGGAAGCUCCUCCUGAGGAGAGGGUGCUCGGUGACCGGGGUGCAGUGCAGCAGCUCGGGGCCCUGCAUCAGUGCCUCCCUCUGGUGCGACGGCGUGGAGCAGUGCCCCAACGGGGAGGACGAGAAGCAGUGCUUUCGCCUCUACGGACCCAACUUCAUCCUCCAGGCCUACUCCUUGGAGAGCAAGUCCUGGUACCCCGUGUGCCACGAAAACUGGAGCGAGAACUACGUGCCUGUGGCCUGCACAAACAUGGGCUACAGGAACAGUUUUUAUUCUACCCAAGGAGUAGUGGAUGACAGCGGGGCAACCAGCUUUAUGAAGCUCAACAGGAGUUCCAGCAGCACCAACUUCUAUAAAAAGCUGACUCUCAGUGAUGCCUGCUCUUCCCGAAGCGUGGUCUCCCUGCGCUGUGUAGAGUGUGGGGCCCACCCUACAGCCACCCACAACAGGAUCGUGGGUGGCACAGCUGCCACACAGGGCCAGUGGCCGUGGCAGGUCAGCCUGCACUUCCAGGGCGUCCACCUGUGCGGAGGCUCCAUCAUCACACCCAGGUGGAUCCUGACAGCGGCCCACUGCGUAGCAACGAUACACCUCAGAAACGCGCAGAACUGGAUGGUGUUUGCGGGCAUCCUGCGGCAGUCCUUGAUGAUCCACAAAGAAGGCAUCCCUGUGGAGAAAGUGAUCCCGCACCCCAGUUACAACAGCAAAACCAAGAACAACGACAUCGCUCUGUUGAAGCUGCAGACACCGCUGGCUUUCAAUGACAGUGUGAAGCCCGUGUGCCUGCCCAACCCCGGCCUGGGUCUGGACCCUAAUCAGCAGAGCUGGAUUUCUGGCUGGGGGGCCACCUACUUUAGAGGGAAGACCUCAGAAGAGCUGAACUCUGCCUCGGUGCCCCUCAUCGAAAACUCCAGGUGCAACAGCAAGUUACUGUACCACAACCUGAUCACACCUGAAAUGAUCUGCGCGGGCUUCCUGCAGGGCAGGGUGGACGCCUGCCAGGGUGACAGCGGUGGACCGCUGGUCACAGACAAGAAUGGCAUCUGGUGGCUGAUUGGAGACACAAGCUGGGGGUACGGCUGUGCUGAUACAUUCAGACCCGGGGUAUACGCAAACGUGACAGUGUUCAUGGACUGGCUCUCCCGGCAGAUGCGGGUGAACAGCUAAUCCUGGGGCUCCACCAUAACAUCCAGCCGGGAACCCAGCUGCAGGCAUGGGGCUGGGGGACUGACUUAACUCCUGGCAGCUGCCCCUUCUCUCUCAGUAAACACUGAUGGCUGACCGCACUGUCCCUGUGUUAUGCAGGCUGUGGUACCCUCUGCAGCCUGUAGCCAUUGAUCCUUACUCGUAAGUGGGGACCAGGCCUCAGGUGCAGGCCAGGGCCAAGGACAGAGGAGGGGUGGUGCUGCCCCCUGAGUGCUCCUCCCAAACUUGUUCUGUGAGGGCCUGGAUGGUGGUCUCUCAGUGACCAGAUGGCCCGAGGAGGGAGGAGACAGGCCAGGAAGGUGCUUGGGCCACAGAAGGUCACCUCAAGGGACAGCCAACUGGGAGGCCUGUGGCCUGGCCCUCCGUGACCAGUCUGGUUUGCUAAUUUAUUUUUUCAUGCUCCUGGGGCCUUUGCACUGAGCUACAUCCCCAGCCCUUUUUAAAAAUUUGUAUUUUGAGACAAGAUCUUGCUAAGUUGUCCAGCGUGGACCUGCAACUGAGAUCCUCCUACGUCAGCCUCCCAGCUUGCUGGGAUCCCAGGCACCCACCAUUGUGGCUGGCCUGGUCUGGUUAUUUGUUUUGUGGGUUUGUUCGCUGCUCUGAGUGGUGACACUGGCUGGAAAUGAGCCACAAAUGAAAGGCCCAGCCCCUCAUGGGUGCCUUGGGAGGAUGGCGGAAACCAUUCACUCCCAGGCUGAGACAGGAAGUGAAGGCAAAAGCAGGCCCGUGCCCUGUGUCUGCUGCAAGGCUUGGAGGGGCUCCCCUUGGGGAUACUCAGCAUGGCCCCAGGCCACCUCGCCAACACCCUGUAGCCCCAGCUCUUCUAGGCAAGGGGCAGGACCAGGCUACUUGAGGAGCUUGUGGCCCUCUGGUAUGUCGAGACAGGGUCCAUGGUGAGCAUGGGCUCCCGAUGCCCUGGGACCUCGUCAGCUCCUCCUCUCGCUACCUCAAUACCUGGAGCGCUGCUCAGUGGUGCCCUCCGGGGAGGGCAGCAGCCUCUCUUUCUGAAGUUGCCCCUGUGGGCUCCACUCGAGACUGUCAGCUCCACUGUGACCUGAAGCUCUGCAUGAGGCAGAGAAGACAGAGCACAGGAAGCUGCUUCGUGGGUCCCUCCAGCCCCAGGCUCCCAGGAAACCAGGGGCCACGCUGGCAUCGCUGUCUGUGCCCAUGAGCCCUGGACCAUGGGCGCAGCUCUGCACACGGGCUCUGGGGGUAACACAGGGACUGUGCCUUGGGGAUGGGGUGCUCCUUCCAGGCUGGCCUCUGUGGGAGCAGCACCCCGGCCCUCCUGAGAUGCAGCCACCCAAGACACUGCCAACCUGUGGGACAGAAGCUUGUCCCCUGCUUGUGACUGCUCUGAGAUUCACUUGUGAAGUAUUUGUGCAAAUAAAAUCUCUAAUUUUUCCAGUACCUA